UUCGUUUCCGCUUAUCGCUCCCCUUUACCACCUAGACGUCAUCACUCGACACCACAAAUCGGAAAAUUUGUUAAACAAAAAGCCCUAAUUGUCAAAACUCACUCCCUCCCAAAAUUCCCAAGUCAGCGUAACCUUCGAUCCUUGUCAGAAACGCUUCCAUUCUGGCAUGAGAUCUCUUUACCACACCAUUUUCAACUGUUUAUAUUAAUCAGUUUGCUUUUAGCUUCUGGGUUUUUCUUCGAAUUGUUAGUUGAAGAGGGUUCUUCUUUAGCCUAGUCAAUCAACAAUGUCAGAGGACGUGCUUCUACACCUCGCCUCAAACUCCUCUAAUCAAUCCGAUCAGUCUCUGCCAUCAAAAAUUGCAAAACUCGAAGCCAGAAUGGUGGGUAAAACCUCCACUGCCGUGGUGUCUACUCUCCAGCUUCCUGCUGCCCAAGCCGCAGCAACGCGGUCCUCAAUUUCUUCUUCUUCUGCUGCCAAGUUCGGAGCUAAUGCUGCUGGUGAGAUUUAUGCUGAAUCAUUGGAUUCUAGCGAUUCGGAAGAGGAUGAUAGUAAUGGGAGAGAGUUUCUCAUACAAGCUAACUUUCAGAAGCGUAGAAAGCUUGCAGAUGAUGCUGACUCAGCUGCAUCCGGACAGAUUAAGGUGGCGGUGGAUGCGAGGCAAAAAGUUGUGGAAGCAGUGGAGGUUAAGAGUGGCACAGAUGUAAAUAAGAGGAAACAAACACGUGGCAAGGGAAAUUCUACUCCAGCUAGAGGACGUGGUUCCAAUGAUCAAACAAGAAUACAAAACUCUACUCAAUUGCUUACAUCAUCAAAUGGUCUUCUCGAGAAUUCACAUCAAAAGGAGAGUAGUUGGCUAAAAGAGCAACUUGGACAAAAUGAACGUGCUUUGUUAGAGGAGGAACUUACAUCACUACGUGCCAAAAUAAUAACUCUAGAGGAGGACUUAAAGAAAGCUCGCCAAGAGGCCUCAGAAUAUCAACCAUCUAUGCCAACAGAGCUUAAGGAGCUUAAAAAUAAUGAACAGCAGGUGAAACCAAAAAGAAUGAAAGUCAUAUCUGAUCUGUUGAUAUCUGUGUCUAAAGGUGAGAGACAAGAAGCAAGAACAAAAGUAAGACAAGAUUCUUUGCGACUUGGCAACGUGGGUGUUAUCAGAGCUGGAACAGUCAUAUCUGAGACUUGGGAAGAUGGGCAAGCCAUUAAGGAUCUUAAUGCUCAUCUGAGGCGUUUGUUAGAAUUGAGGGAGGCUGUUGAGAGGCAACGAAAGUCACUAAAGAAAAAGCAACCAGCCAUUCAUCUUUAUAUAAAGAUAAAGGCGAAGGAACAGAAGCCGAAUCUACAGAAGAAGACAUCAUCAUCCAGGAUGAAAUUUUAUAAAUCCCGCCUCGCAAGCAUUAAACGUGAAGAGGAAAGCUAUGUGCGUGAAAGAGAUCGAUAUGAACUAGAAAAAGGACGACUUAUACGUGAAAUGAAACGUAUAAGAGAUGAAGAUGGGUCCCGCUUUAAUAAUUAUCAGAUCCUUAAUCAUCGAUAUGCCCUCUUAAACCUUCUUGGAAAAGGAGGAUUCAGUGAGGUUUACAAGGUCAGUUUUAUUUUUCCUUUAAAAACAUGUGACAACACCUAA